ACCCACACCUGUUGUCUUCCCUUCCUUCUCCUUCUUCUCCUUCUAACCCGCGUUAGAAACGCCCCGCUACUGCGCCAAACUUGACAUUUCACUUCAACAUCCGUUGAACUUCACGGUACGAUGUCACCACGAAAACUCACCGGGAAGCCAGAGGAAUUGGCGGCGUUCGUCGAUAAAUUUGAUGUUUGAACCUUCCCCUUCCAGUCCACGCAGAUGUCCAUUGGGGACCGGAGCUAUGACUAACUAGCGCUUCCCAGAUCUUCCUCUUCGACUGCGACGGUACCCCCCCCAUUCCCCACCCCCCUCACUCACUCACUCACUCACUCACCCCUCUCAAAUAUACCUAACAAUCUCGUCCCAGGCGUCCUCUGGCAGGGUGGAACCCUCCUCCCGCGCGCGGCGGAAACCCUCGCCCACCUCCGCAGCCUGGGCAAGAAGCUCCUCUUCGUGACGAACAACUCCACAAAAUCUCGCACAGCCUACCAGAAAGUGCUCCAGGACUUUGGCAUCCCCUGCAGUGUCGACGAGAUAUUCUGCAGUUCCUACUCCUCCGCCGUCUACAUAUCCCGCGUGCUUCAACUUCAACGGGACAAGAAAGUCUACAUGAUCGGCGAAUCCGGCAUGAAGGAGGAAUUGGAGGCGGAGGGGAUCUCCUACUUCAGUGACGGUAGUGGCGAUAUCAUGCCCGAGGACUACGACACUUUCGGUCCGGAUGAGAGUGUCGGUGUCGUCCUGUGCGGGAUCGAUCGCACCAUAUCGUAUAGAAAGUUGGCGCGGGCAUACCAGUACCUGCGUAAUCCCGGGACAGUCUUUCUGGCCACGAAUAUGGAUUCGACGUAUCCCACGAAUGGCAAGUUGUUCCCCGGAGCUGGCUCUGUGUCUGCGCCUUUGACCUACAUGACUGGGCGCCCGCCCUUGUCACUGGGGAAACCGUCGCAGGCCAUGAUGGAUGCCAUCGAGGGGGUGCUCAAGUUUGAUAGGAAGCGAGCUUGCAUGGUUGGGGAUCGCCUGGAUACAGAUAUUCGCUUCGGCAUUGAGGGCGGCUUGGGCGGGACCUUGGCCGUUUUGACAGGCGUUUCCACCGAAGAGGAGAUCCUCAAAGAGGGGGCCACUGUCGUGCCUGAUGUCUAUCUCGAUAGGCUUUGUGAUAUCCUGGGGUGACUGCUUUCUUUCUUUUUUUUUUCCUUUUUCCUUUUCCUUUUUUUCUUCUUUUCUUUUCUCCCUGAUGUUUUCUCUUAUUCCCCAGAAAUGUUGCUGGAGUGCAUCCUAGAUUACCUGGUUAGACAUGUCAAAUAAAUGGGCCCAACCUAGCAUAGACGUGACCGAAUGGUCUGCCGUACUAUAGAAAAUGAAAACCUGCAAGAAAGAAGAAAGAAGGAAAAAGAAAGGAAAAAGAAACAGACGGAAAGCACUCGGUUCAAGUACGUUUUUUUUAAUUUUUUAUGAUAACUCCAUUAUUGCAAGGUUUUGAAUGUGGAUGUUGGUUGGUUUACAUUUAUCAGCUUAUCGUCCGUCUCCCUUUCUCGUCUUUUUUUCGUUUUAUCAAUUACCGGCUAACCCAUGCUCCCACCAGGACAUAACUUAAUGAAUGGAAGAGAGAGAGAGAGAGAGAGCCUUGGUAUCCCUACUGCAGCACCGUCUGAAAGGAAAUGAAACAAGGGAAACCAAGCAAGAAGUAAAGGAAACAAAAUCACCAUAGCUUAUAGCGUAUAAACCUGCGUACAAUCAUAGAUCACCAGAAUGGAAAAGAAGGAGAUUAGUGAAAAUGAGAAACGAGAAAGACCCGCCACACCAAAGCAAGUAUUUAAUGGCUUCAACUGAAUCACGAGUUUAUGUUCCAGAUGGAAGAGGGGGGGAAAUGAAAGUCUCAAAGGAAUGGAAGCGAGAAAUCUGGCCGUGCCACAUCUAUCUAAUCCGUAUCUCUGGUCCCCCGGAUCUGCCCCAGGUGCGACUGUUCUUAUCAACGUGGUCUAGCCCAAGCAAAUCAUCGGCCUCGGAGGCUACGUCCGCAAGUAUGUCCUCUAUGGCGAGAAUGUUAGCAAAGGCUUUAUAACCAAACCAUAAAAGUAAGGGGGCGCUCACCGUCCGACAGAUAUAUGGGCUUCGGGACGCUUGAUUUUCUGACGACGGCAAACUUAAUCUUC